GGGAAACAACACGAUUGCGGUGUCCUUCCACAUGUCGUUCUGGGUGCACCUGUCCCCGCUCAUGGUGCAAAUCGUGCUGGCCGUCGUCGCUACGCUGCUCGCCGAGACGAUGAACAACGCCGCGCUCAGCCGCAUACUGAUGCCCCUCACCGUCAACGUGGCCGCGACUACGCGUGUGCACCCGUUGUACUACGCAAUACCCGUGGCCGUGGGAGCCUCGACGAACCUGAUUAUGCCCAUCACACUGCCUUUGGUGGUGCUUCACGAGGCCGCCGAAGUGCCCUUGCGACACCUGUUGUUCGCAGGCGUGAUCAUGAAGACGGCCCUGCUUUUCACGCUCAUCCUCUCGAUGAACACGACCGGCCGGUUCAUCUUCGUGACGUCGCCGACUGUGAAGGCAUUCAACAACACCGCCACGGCAUCGCGCCAUGAAGCGCCCAAUUACUGAUCGACUGCCGUUGAAUGAGCGUUAUCGGCUCACCGCGACGUGAGCUUGUUCUUGCGUUUGAGUUUGAACAAAGAUUUUGACGAACCGAAAAAUGAUUUUCGGCGAAAAUGAACUACUCGAAUGAAGCUCGUGAUGUACGAUUAGAAUUGUGAACUGUGUUAAUUGUGAACUUGCGUAUGUAAACAUUCGAGUGGAUCGAGUCUUAUUUUUAUCGUUUCGUAUGCGCCGACCUGUGUUCUACGGCCUACGCCACUGACUUGCUGUAUGUGUCUGUAGGCGUCGUGGCGCUGUACGAUGCUGCACGACGGUUCCUUUAGUGCGUAUGGAGCGCAUGUUUUUGGGGAUUCAUGGAAAUACGAAAAAAUGUACCACUUGUCCUUUUUUAGAAAAAAUUCUUUUGAAGUGACGGCUACAAUUGACAGUUCGAAUGUAAUAAUGUUGGAGGAAUGGCUUUUAAGAGGUUUGGCUUGAAGUUUUCUGAACAUGAAAAACGAAAUGCUUCAGCGCAAUAGAACAGGUUUUGUUUUUUAUCAGGCGUGACGCUGAACCCUCUGUGGCUGGUGACGGCGCUGUUUGGUUGACAGCAGUGGUGAAAGAAGCAAUUACUUGUAUUUCCAAGUAACGCGUAUGCCCGGUGACCAAUGGCAGCCUGUUUGAUAACAUACUUUUCUGAAUUUAGGCAACCGCGGGGUGAAAUAAACGCUAAGCGAUAAAUAACUUUC